AUCUAAUUUUGAUACUUCACAUUUUAUGUAAAAUAUUUUAUAUUUUAAAUAAAUCAAAAUUCUAGUUCUAGUUUAAUAAAAACCAAACUAUUGUAACAGUGAAAGGAAUGGAAAUUGGUCAAAUUCUAGCUUCGCCGAUUUGUUUCCGCCAUGGAAAUGUUCAGAGAAAUUUCGGUAUCUCGCUGUCAGCAACACAAACGUUAUCAACAAAAUCGGAAAACCGAAUGUUUAUUCUAGGAAUGGGAUUCGUAGGCCAAACCCUUGCACGCAAACUCCAAAAUCAAGGAUGGUUAGAUAAGAUCAUUCUACUAAUUACCUUUCUCUGUUUCAUGAUUCUUCAAAGUUCAUAUUUUUCUUAUUGGGUUUAUGAUUGUUGGUGUAGGGUUGUAUCUGGUACUUGCACAACCUAUGUAAAGAAGAAGAAGCUUGAGGAUAUGGGGUUUCAUGUUCAACUUUUUGAUGCAAACCAACCUGAUCUGAGUAUCCUACAACUACUGAGAAAUUACACUCACUUUCUUGUUUCUAUCCCUCCUGUUGUCGGGAUCGGUGACCCGAUGCUUCAGCAUGAAGAACUUAUUAGAAGCUCUUUAGUCAAUGGGGGUCUUCAGUGGCUCUGUUACUUGUCUUCAACAAGUGUCUAUGGAGAUUGUGACGGUGAAUUGGUAGAUGAGGAUUAUCCUACAAAUCCAGAAAAUGAGUUGGCUAAAUUAAGGUUAUCUUCUGAACAAGGCUGGUCAUGUUUGGCUCACCAUCUCGGGCUCUCACCACUAGUAUUUCGACUGGGAGGUAUCUAUGGCCCUGGUAGAAGUGCCGUCGAUACAUUAAUCAAGCAAAAGCCCUUGUCAGAAGGUCAGAAGAGAAGAAAACACCGAAAAUACACGUCAAGAGUUCAUGUUGAUGAUAUCUGUCAGGCACUUAUGGCUACUAUUGACGCACCUUCUUCCCACAGGCGAGUUUCCAUUAUAACAAGAGUUUUAUUGAUGGUAAUUUACAAUAUAGUUGAUGAUGAUCCAGCUCCAAGGGAAGAAGUAUUUGAAUAUGCAAGAAAAUUGGUGGAGAAAAAGUGGCCAGGCUUGAACUUGCAACCUCUGGAACAGAAAGUGUGGCCAAUUGUAAAAUCAAGAAAUGAAAGGAGUGAGAAGCGAGUGUCUAAUGCCUUGAUGAAGAAGGAACUUGGAGUGCAACUACUUUACCCUGAUUACAAAUCUGGUUUGCAGAGUAUAAUUGACCAGAUUCAGAGCCCUUUUCUCUGUGAUUGAUCAUAUUUUGGUCUUACAUGAUUCAUAUCUCAUCAUGUUUGAGUCAAAUUGGAUAAAUGCCAUUGUAAUAACUCAAAAUGUUGAACAUGGAGUUCAAAAAGAACUGAAACAUGAAUUGUUCUGCCA